CAAAUUCCUCCACAGCCGAUCGUAACAACCAACAGUGCAUGCCUAAAUGAUUGUCUCCAACAUGGAUCGCUUGUAUUUGCGGCCGCCAAUCUUCGUAACUUCCAGAAAAUCAUCCUCAACAUCGAUCAAUUUUGCGACACCCAUGAGCAGCUAGUGAAGUGUGCGCAAUCGUGCAGCGAUGAGGAGCAACAGAAUCUGGCUCAGAGGAUCGUACUCAGCGCUUACAUUUGCAAGGAUAAAUUGGAAGAAUUUCGGUUGGCGAAAGAAUGUGUUGAAAGUCAGGAGACGGAUUACGUAAAUCAGUGCGCCAACGAUUGCGGCCAUCCAGCAUCAGCAACAAUUCAGCUCGACUCGUCACCGUCCGCAGCCGUCAAUCCAUUCGCUUUCUUUGAUAGUAUCACUCCAGUAUGCCGGUCAGUACAUCCGUAUCAGUGUAUGUUACCUAAAAAAACCAAACCAGUGAUCAAAAAAGAAACUAUAUUAUUUUAA